AUGAUAACAACUCAAACAAACUCUCUCCAAAUCCCUAUCACCACCACCACCACAACCAAUCCAAACAACAACACCGUUUCAAAAAUUUCAAAUAUCAAUAGCCAGAUCAUAAAAUCGAAUUCCUCCGAUUUAAUCACCCUCGGCAGUUUCCUCCGCUCCUCGAAUCAACCUCGCCACGACUCGCUCGACUUCAAUCGAAUUCUCCCGGUUCUCAGCCGCCUAAUCGACCGUUACGAAACCCCCGAAACAAUUCUCUCUGAGUUAGAGUCAAUUGGUUGUAUUAAUCUUUCUAACUCAAACAGAAACCCUAAUCCUUUACUACUCUUGUUGAGGAUUUUCUCUCGUGCAGGUAAUUAUACCAUGCUCAUUGAAACUUGUCUGCACAUGGUAGAAUUUCAUGGUUUUGCGAUUUUUCGGAAUACAUUUGCUUCGAAUUUAGUUAUGGAGUCUAUGUUUAAAACCUCUCAACCCGAACGGGCGUUUUACAUUAUGGAAAAUACGAAGUUCCCGAAUUUUCUUACUUUCAACAUUGCACUUUUCCACCUUUCCAAUUUAAAUGACAUUGCCAGUGUUUCGCAUGUUCUUAGACAGAUGUUGAGAUUGCGUUAUUGUCCUAAUCAUGCUACUUUUAGUGCGGUUGUGAAUUCGUUUUGUAAAAUGAAUGCGUUUCGGCAGGUUUAUCAGAUAUUGGGUCUGAUGGUUGGUCUAGAGAUUGAGUUUUCUGUUAAUGUUUGGACUGUACUCAUUCAUAGGUUCUGUAAAUUGCGUAGGCUAGAUGUUGCUACCAAUUUGUUGUACAAAAUGAUCAGAACCGGUUGUUCUCCUAAUGUUGUCACGUAUACCGCUUUAAUUAAGGCAUUUAUGGAAUCCAAUAUGGUGACUUCUGCCUUACAUUUGUUUAAUGACAUGGUUUCUACUGGCGUAGAUCCCGAUUUAGUUCUUUUUAAUAUGUUAAUUGAUUGUCUUUUGAAGUCCGGAAUGCAUGAUGAUGCAAUUGAAGUUUUUCACCGGUUGUCGGAACAAAAAAAUAUGACACCUGAUUUGUAUACCCUUACUUCAUUGUUGUCUAUAGUUUGUCGGUCUGAACGGUUUGAUCUCUUACCCAAAAUAGUUCGAGCUUGCGGACAUAUAGGUGGUGAUUUAGUGUUCUGCAAUGCUGUUUUAAGCUCUUUUAUUAAGUCAGGCCGUUCUUCUUGUGCUCUUGAAUACUAUGAAGAUAUGAUUGUUAAAGGUUUUAAGCCGGAUAAAUAUAGUAUUGCUGGGCUACUAAGUGCACUUUGUGCUGAGAGAAGAAUUGAUGAAGCAGUUAAUGUGUAUCGAGGUAGUGCUAUGAUGUAUCAUGCGAAUGACGCUCUCAUCCAUACUGUGUUAACGAGUGGGCUUAUAAAUGCUGGUCAGUAUCACUUGGCUGCCAUUGUUUUUAGAUCAGCGGCAGUUCAGAAAUGUCCGCUUGACAGUGAAGCAUAUGCUGUUGGCAUCCGAGCACAUCUUAGAAGUGGUUUAACUCUAGAGGCCAACACAUUGUUUGACCAGAUGAAGGACAAUGGUCUGGAACCUAAUGUUCAGACGUUUAAUAUGAUUCUUUUCAGUUCAUUUAAAGAAAAAAAUCUUCAAAAGAUUCAACUGUUACUGAAAGAGAUGAUUGAUUCAAGGAUUGAGUUGGGUGACAGAAAUUUCUUCAACUUGUGUAAAUUACAAUGUAGUUGGAAUUUGUUGGCUGAAAUGAGAGAUUUGGGUUUAUUAUCUGCUAAGGUAUUGCAUACCUUAAGCUGUGGCAGGCAUCCUGAAAGUGUAAAGGAAAAUUAUAAACACUGUGCUGAAGUUGAUACCGGAUGCAAACUAGUUCUGGAUUCAUCCAUUUCUGAAGAUAUGUCAGAUGUAGCUGUGUCAGUUGGUUGA